AUGCAGACUGCUUCUACAAACAUUUGUGAAAGAAUGGGUCGCUCUCAGGAGCUCAGUGAAUUCAUAAGUGGUACUGUGAUAGGUUGCCACCUGUGCAAUAAGUCCAUCCGUGACAUUUCCUGGCUACUAAAUAUUCCACGGUCAACUGUUAGUGGGAUUAUAACAAAGUGGAAGCCACUGGGAACAACAGCAACUCAGCCACCAAGUGAUCGGGGUCAGUACAUGCUGAAGUGCACAGUGCGCAGAAGUCACCAACUAAAGACCUAAUAGCUAAAGACCUCCAAAUUUCAUGUGACCUUUAGAUUAGCACAACAGUGUGAAGAGAGCUUCAUGGAAUGGGUUUCCAUGGUUAA